CUCUCGCAAGGAUAAAAAAGAUGAAAUGAAUGACGAAGAUAAGAGGUUACAAGAAGAUUUGUUGCAACUGGUUGACGUGUUGAUGGUGAACAAUUAUUUAUUUUAAUCACGUUUAAUUAAUCACGUUAAUUGUUUGUUUGUUUUUCAUUUGAAAAAAAAAAGGGUAAAGAUGAGAAUGCUAUGAUACGUGCAUUGAUUAAUCUUAGAAUUUUAAUACAAACGUCUACCACAUCAAUGACCUCCGUACCGAAACCAUUGAAAUAUUUACGAGAUUAUUAUCCACGAUUGAAAGAAGUUUAUAAUAAAAUAAAGGGAAAGGAUGUUAAAAAAUUGUUGGCCGAAAUUUUGAGCGUAUUGGUUAUAGCUGAAACUUCAUCGACUAUUAUUGGUAAAAGAGAAUGUUUGGAAUUUUGUUUAAAAGGUUUGGUUCAAAAUCCCGGUGAAUGGGGUCACGAAUAUGUUAGACAAUUAGAAACUGAGAUAGUUGAUGAAUGGACAAGUGCACCGAUCAAGGACGAACAUAAUAUCAGGUCACGAUUAACACCGUUGAUCGAAAGUAUCGUUAAAUUUAAUAUGAAACACAAUGCCGAAAUACAAGCCUGUGACUUGUGUUUGGAAAUUGAUCAAAUUCAUUUUUUACGCGAUUAUUUGGAUUGUAAUAAUUUUUUAAGAGUUUGCCAUUAUUUAACCAGUUGCGCUGCUUACAGCGAAGAAAUGGAAAAACAACAGAUACUAGAAUUCGUAUACGAUCAGUAUAUAAGAUUCGGUGAUUAUAGCAAAGCAAUGUUAAUUGCAAUACAAUUGGCCAAUUCGGAAUUGGUUUUCAAGUGUCUCACCACGUGUCCUGAUCCUUUAAUACGAAAACAAUUAGCAUUUUUGAUUGCAAGACAACAGAAUCAUUUAAUAAUAAAUAAAUAUCAAGGCGAUGACGCGGAUGAAAUUGAAAAUAUUUUAAGCAACGGACACGUCAAUCCACACUUUCAAAUAUUAGCGAGAGAAUUGGAUAUAUUGGAACCUAAACUUCCGGAAGAUAUUUAUAAAACAUGGUUGGAAACUGGAACCAGACGAAAUAUCGAUUACGAUUCUGUCAGAUCUAAUUUAGCUGCAAGCUUCGUUACUGCAUUUGUUCAUGCCGGAUUUGGGGAAGACAAACUUAUGUCAAAUACUAAAGAUUGUUGGGUAUACAAAAAUAAGGGUCACGCUAUGUUAUCGGCAACAGCAUCCUUAGGAUUGAUACACCUUUGGGACGUGGAUGGUGGAUUAGUACCAAUCGACAAAUAUCUUUAUACCAAUGACGAUUACAUUAAGUCAGGUGCCCUAUUGGCAAUCGGAUUGGUAAACUGUGGAGUUAAAAAUGAAUGCGAUCCGGCUUUGGCAUUGUUAAGUGAUUAUGUUCUCUCGGACAAUUUAACUUUACGAAUUGGUGCAAUUUUAGGAUUAAGUUUGGCUUAUGCCGGAUCGCAACGAUCCGUUAUUGGGGAAUUAUUCAUAUCUGCAUUGAAUGAUAAACGAAGUACGAUGGAAAUUAUUGGAUUGUCGGCUAUUGGUUUAGCUUUGAUUUACGUUGGUACAGCCAAUUCUAAUAUUUCAUCUAUCAUAUUGCAGAAAUUAUUAGAACUUACAUUAGAAGAACUUGCCAAUACACAUUACAGGUUUUUAUCGUUAGCCUUGGGAAUACUUUACAUGGGUUGUCGCGACGUUAUUGAUACGCCAUCAGCUGCAUUAGAAGUUUUACCGGAACCGUAUAGGCUUGCUUGUCAAACAAUGUUACAGAUUUGCGCAUACGCUGGAACUGGUGACGUUUUAAUCGUCCAAGAACUUUUAAGGAUUUGUUCGGAACCCGUUAACGGGAAGGACAGUAUUUAUGGUACACCAAUUACGACUCCUGUCGCUAGUUGUUGCAAUCAUGGUAAACGUACGGGGUCUAAUCAAUCGGCUGAUGAUACUCAAACAAAUAACAAGACACCUAAUUCGAGAGAAAUUGGGAUGUCACAAGCAAUAGCAUCACUCGGUGUAGGAGUGGUUGGAUUAGGUGAAGGCAAAGAAAAUUCACGAAUCUUUGGACAGGUAGGACGAUAUGGUCCGACACAAGCAAGACGUGCAGUGCCCUUAGCAAUGGCCCUUUCGUCACUUUCAAAUCCAGAACCAGCAUUGAUAGACAUUUUAAACAAAUACAGUCACGACAAUGACGUAGACGUUGCUCAUAAUGCAAUAUUAGCAUUAGGAUUGGUUGGUGCUGGUAGCAACAACGCACGAUUAGCAACCAUGCUUAGACAAUUAGCUGCUUAUCAUGCCAAAAAUCCAUCACAUUUAUUCCUCGUUAGAAUAUCACAAGGUCUCGUUCAUUUAGGAAAAGGUACAUUAUCUUUAUCACCGUUGCAUUAUGCAUCAAGAAUUUUAGAUCAAACGGCAUUGGCUGGAUUGUUGGUGGUCCUUGUUGCAUGUUUGGAUUGUAGAAAUUUGAUAUUGGAUAAAUCCCAUUACUUGAUGUAUUGUUUAGCUACUGCUAUAGAACCAAGAUGGUUGGUCACACUGGAUACAAAUCUCAAGAUACUUCCCGUUUCUGUCAGAGUUGGCCAAGCGGUAGACAUAGUUGGCAAAGCUGGUAAUCCUAAAUCCAUAGCCGGUGGUAACGUUCACACAACUCCAACCCUUUUAACGCACAACGAAAGGGCCGAGUUAUUGUUAGACGAGUACGAACCAUUGUCCAGCGUAUUGGAAGGUUUUGUUAUUUUACGAGAGAAAACUGUAUCAUCCUAAAAUAUCUUUCACAAUGUUCUAAAUAAACACGGAAAUAUAAUAAAAUCAUAUUUGUUAAAAUAUCAGUUAAAAUUUCAUUGAAAUUUCAUUUUUAUAGGUUUGCGUUUAUUUAACUUUAGGGACUAGCGGAAGCAAUGUGCUUUAUACAACAGAAAUAAUGUACAUUGGUAUGCAUUGCACAGUGGGAACAACAACGCUGCAUCAUGAUCAAAAUACGUGUCCUGUGUCUGUGUGUGUGUAUGAUGUGUAUAGGUUUGUUUGUAUGUUUUCUUCAACAUUUAAACAGAUUGUCAACAUCUGUUUUACCGAUUUUUUUUUUUUGGUUAUUUUCUUUAAUUCCCAUAAGCAUUGCUAAUCCUAUAUACCUAUAUAUAAAUAGGGUAAAUAAAAUGUUUUACACGAAGGAAGCGAAUUUAACUCGAAUACAACUCGUGUAUGUGUGGUGAUGUGUAUACAUAUGAAUAUUUUUCUAUGAACAUUUGAUUCCUAUGUGGCGUAGAAAAAAAAAAAAAGACAUGAUUUGUAAGGUGAAGAUUUGUUUAUAAAGGGGGGGUAGAGGGGGGAAUGAAAUAUUUCGACGGAUUGUUUCUUGAUUCUCGUUACUUUUCAUACAUUAUUCUUUCACACGCGUUUCAUACACAUUUAUUAUAGUGCGUUUUUUUUUUUUUUUUUUUUUUUCCAAGGUAUAUGAGUCGAAGUUUUAUUUGAUUUAUUUUAAUUUUAUAUUGAAUUUUAUUUUUACGAGAGAUCAUGGCGCGCUCGUUUAUUUAAAUUUCCCCAUUUAGUUUUCUUUUCUACUUUCUUCUUCUUAUUCUCAUUAAUUUUUUUUUUUUUUUUUAAAUAUUAUAAGGGCCAUCCUUUCUUGUGAAGAAAAUGUGAGAAAACGCAAGCUUUACAUGUAAUAUAUAUGCACUCAUGCAACGUGUUUAUUAACGCUACGGACUCAGUUUUUUAUUUGUUUGUUAAAUAUCUAACGUACGUUUUUCUUCUUGUAUUUUUUUUUCUUUUUUCUUUUUUUCUUCAUAGGCACAUGACUUAGAGUAAGAGACGAUAUUUUUGUUACUAUGGUUUUUUUUUUUUUUUUUUUAAAUACGAAGAGCACGCACUUUUAACAACACACGUGCGUCGCAUGUGACAUGAAUUUUAUUUUUUAUAUAUAUAUCUCGAUGCGUGUGAAACAUGUGUGUGUGUGUGAUUUUUAAAUGCGUAAACGAUGAGUGCGACGAACGGAACUCGAUUUUGAAUAAUUUAAUUUUUUUCUUUUUUUUUACUUUCACGAGAUUAUUUUUCGGUUUAUUCAUAAACGAUGCAUAUAUAUUUUUUUUCGAAUUGUUAAUUUAGAGUUAAAUGUAAAAAAUUUUAUUUGCUUCCAGUUCUACUCUGACGACGAAUAAUUUUUUUUUUUUUUUAUGUAUUUAUUAAUAUAUUUUUUUAUUUAUUUUUUUUUUAUUGUUUUUCAUUUUCAUUAGAUUUUGCACUCUAAUGUAGAGUGUAAGUUUGUUAUUCGAUAAGUCGCAUAAAAAAGGUUUUUUUUUUUCUUUCAAUUUCGAGUUAAUCUGCAUUUUUGUUAAAUCGCAAGUG